UCUCGUCUUUAUCUACACCUUUUUGUGAUUUUGUCCUUGUUGCUUUGCAGCCCAUAUCGUCUUUCUUCUUUGAUAGCCUCCUUCAGUUGUUAUAUAUUCGUUAAAUUGAUUGAUUAAUGUCUUCUUCUUCUUCUUCUUCUUCGUCUGGCAAUGGUGGUGGAGAUAAUUAUGGUGAAGGAGGAGGAGGAGGAGGAGGAGGGGAUUACGAAGGACCAUCAAGGACCCGUCCACGUGCUAUUAACGAGGUUUGGCCUGAGCCUUUUCUGGAGGCUCUUGCUACCCAGGUCGCCAUUGAUGCUGCUCGCAUGUUUGGUCGACUCGCGGCUGCUCAAGCUCUUGCCAAUGUGUUUCGGGUUUGUUCCACGUGGCGAGCUGUCUCCCGCUCCGAUCUCCUCUGGCAUCGUCUCACUCGCCGUAUUUGGGACCGUACUCACCUCUUACAUGACACGUGGCGUGAGGAGUAUGUUUACCGUCAUCGGAUGGCUGGGAACUUCCGCAACCGAAGAUCAUUCCACUUUACUCUUCACUUUGAUCCUGCUGAUGUCGACGACCCCAACGAUCCAGACGCCCACACGUGCCGUUGCCUUGCUCUUUCUGAUCAUUAUCUCGCCUGUGGCUUCGCGGACGGUGCCGUUCGCCUGUUCGACCUCCACACGCGUCUGCAUUCGCACACCUUCCGCCCCCAGCACCGUGACCGUUUGGGCCGCUUCUCCCGCGCCGUAUCGGGCAUCAUCAUCAACGGCAUGCAAUUAAUUUUUGCUUCAUUAGACGGCGACAUCCACGUGGCAAUUAUAAACAGCCAUGCUGCCCCUCGUAGGGUCCACUUCGGUGACGUGGUGACUGACGGAGCUUUAGUGGAUUUCACAGGUCGUGGGCAAUGGUGGGUGGGCCUCCACGCUGGAGUUCCGGGCCGGGCCUUUCACAUAUGGGAUGGCAACACGGAACAACUCACCUUCGUUGGCGGGGGUCUAACAGAUCCCGAUUCAGUACGUGGAUGGCACACAUUAACCGAGUUGACCGAGUUAGUAGGGCGAGUCAGGGUUACAGACCAUGAAACGGCGGUGGCAUGCACGAGUCUGAGACUAAUGGAAUUUGAUUUGAGGAACCAAGGGGUAAUAUUACAUCAAGAAGAGCCGAGGAGAGGAAUCAUAGUGAGCUGUUUCGACGUGUGGAACGACGCCGUUCUGGUGGUUGAUAACAGAGGCGUGGGAAUCGUGCGCAGGGUGAGCACAUUAGAGGAAGUCUGCAGGUUCAACGUGAGGUCACAGAGGGGGUUGAUAGGGUGCAUUAACGGAGGAUACGCGCUAAUAUGCGCAGGGGGUGUAAUUAGGGUAUGGGAAAUAGAGCAGCACGGAGGAGAGGUACGGGAGUUACGAGAGUAUUUGUACAGCUUGAGAGAGGGAAGAGGAGAGGUCAACGCCCUGGUGGCAGACGAGAGACACGUGGCAGCAUCAGGAAGUGAUGGGUCAAUACACGUAUGGGAUUUUGGGGCAGAGUUGUAGGGGGUGGGACCCGAGGGGAAGGGUAGGUGUAGGGUUAGGAAAAGAGACUAAUACUGACUUUAGGGAUGAGAGGAGACGUUUUGUUUUGGGGACUUCUUUAGGUUUGACCCACGUGAGAGGACUUUGUGAGUUGGGCUUUGUCUGGUUAUUACACAAGUCUCUGUCACAAUCUCUCUCUCUCUCUCUCUCUCAAUCUCUGUUUUAGUUGUAAUGCAAGGGACUGAGGAUGUAUUUGAGCUGUUCCUUUCAUGGGUACUUUUAAUUAAUUUCUAAUUGAGAC